AUGAUUCAUAGUUUUCAUAGUGAAGUGUUAAAACUUUCUAAACCUACUAUUCAAUACGAAGUACGCAAAAAGAAACCUCAAUCUACGAAUGAAUGUCUUACAUUCGCUAAAGAAGCAAAAGAACUUAUUCAGUUGUCAAAUAUUACUUAUAAUCCCGAUAUCAAUCCUAUUGAUUAUUCGAUGCGUCAGACGCAAAUGAUGCCAUCAUCACCUUUCGCGUCAUCGAAUACAGUUCCGUCCUAUUCUAUGCAACAGAAUACUCAUCCUUCUACAAAUUUCCGAAACUAUAAUAGUCGAAAUCGCAACUCGAAUAACAGAAACUCCUUUUUUCAAUCCAGAAAUUUUCAACAGCAAACACCUCGAUCAUUUCAAACUAAAUCCCAAGCAAAUAAUACAUUUCCGCAACAGAAUCAACCACAUCCUCAGAAUAACUUUAGUAAUAGUAGUAGUAAUAGUAAUGGUAAUAGCAAUAAUUACCAUAUUAAUAGUCGUAAAAACUCUUCUUCUAAUACCAAUACUUCAACUAAACCACCUAUUCAAAAGUAUACUGCUAAUGUCAUAGAUCUUUCUGAUCCAUCAGUUGAUACAGAUAAUAUUUCAGAAUCACUUUCAUCUUUUCCCUGCAGUCAGUGGACAUCGUCAGAUGGUGUUGUCUCCGACGGAAUAGCACCAUUUCGUGUGUUAGAUACAGUUCAAUUAACUCUUCAAUUCGCUAAUUCUUUGACCAUUGUUAUCGCUCAAAUCGCUGAUAAUCUCUGUACUAACAUGAUGAUCUUAGGCAUGGAUUAUAUCAAUUCUUAUAAUCUCAGUUUUAAUAUGAAAUAUCAAACAAUUUCUAUUGAAUAUGAUAAUCAGGCAGUGACUAUGAGUAUGGAUCAAGCACAACCACUCAAGAAAAGUGAUAGUUUAGGAUAUAUUACUUCUACUCCAUCUUCUUAUUUCUUACCUGCCAUCCUUCCACAAAUCUCUUCAUCAAUUGAUGAUACCACCAUCACUGGUGAUUCGUCAAUUCCGGUCAUUCAUUCAGGAGAUAUUUCACUUACAUUACCUGUACAAGAUACUCUUCUCUCAUGCAUUACAGAUCAAAACUCUUUUCAUUAUUCUAUAAACGUAUUCUGUUGUAAUACAAUACAUACGCCUUCAGACUCUAUUCUAACUUCUCUCGAUGAUUUAAUUCAGUCAAUUGAGGAUUCAUCUCAAGCAGAUGCACUCUAUCAAUUGCUAGUUCGUUAUUUCUCUUCCUUCAAUAUUGAUAAACAUAAUAUCGCUAAAACGUGUAUUCAUCAUGUUAUAAAUACGACCGCACAUUCUCCUCCAGCUUGUAAACCAUAUCCACAACCAGAUAUAGACCCGAUAUUAUAUGAAAUAAAUGCGGAAACUUCGGAUUUUAUCCGAAAGUUAUAUGUACUCUAA